AUGGCCGAUGGUGGCAAAUUUGAAUCUGUAAGUGGUGAAGAUCUAGGACAAAACAUAGAAUUAAAUUGGGAAGCUGAGUAUGAAAGCGUUGAGCAAAAAGAAGAAAAUUUUAACAUAAAUCAAGAGGAGGAAAAAGAGGAAUAUUCACUUAUUGCUCGAAAACCCAAUGAUGGAACUAUACCUGAAAAUAUUUUAGAAUUUUUUCAUUCUUAUGGAUAUAACUGUCGAAAGUAUUUCAAUCUUUGUGUAGUCGAUACAAAUACUAUUGCUUUCGCUGCUGGCAAUUUAAUUCAGUUUUUCAAUGUAAAAGAAAAUAAAAUGUGGUUUAAAAUAGGUUCUGUGGGUACUGGUAUUGGGCAUAUAUCGAAAAAUCCUAUUUUUGAACACAUUGCUGUUGGGGCAAAUGGAGAAAACCCUCUAAUAAAUAUUUUUAAUUGGCCACUUAUGAAAACUAUAAUUGUUCUAAAAGGUGGAACAACUAAACGUUAUUUUCAUUUAUCAUACAGUCCAGAUGGAUUAUUAUUGGCAUCACAAGGUGGCGAACCUGAUUAUUAUAUUUCACUUUGGAAUUGGAAAGAGUCAAACAUUAUUUUGCAAUGUAAAUCUUAUGUUCAAGAUGUAUAUAAUGUCACUUUCUCUAAAUAUAUUCCUGGCCAGUUAACGUCUAGUGGAAUAGGACAUAUUAAAUUUUGGAAAAUGUCUAAAACUUUUACUGGAUUAAAACUUAAAGGUGAAAUUGGUAAAUUUGGGAAUACUGAAAUCUCUGAUAUUAUAGCAAUUCAUCCCAUGCCAAACGAGACUAUUGUCUCUGGUUGUGAAUGGGGUAACAUACUCUUAUGGGAUGCAAGUUUAAUCAAAUUGGAAGCACGUAGAAAAAAUAAAGAGCCAGCACAUGUUGGCUAUAUCUCACAAUUUGAGUUGCUUAGCGGAGAAAUUAUAUCAGUCGGAUCUGAUGGAUGGAUACGAUUUUGGUUCUAUGAGACCAUAGACCAUGCUGAUCUUUCUGAUGAUGAACAAUUUCUUGAAAUUCAACCAAUUUACGAAUUUCAAAUUGCAGAGGGAAUAGAAAAUGCAAUGCUUAUGAGUAUCCAAAAGCAGGAACCAGAUAAUCCUGAAAAAACCAUGUGGUACGCUCAGGAUGGAAAUGGGGGACUGUGGCUACUUGACCUUUGUACUAGUAAAAAAGAACAUGUUCAACAAAAACUUUUUACAUGUCAUGCUGGUCCUAUUGUCGAUAUGGAUACAGCAGAUUGGGGACCCUUUGUAGCAACGCUUGAUAAAAAUGGAAAUUUGCAUAUUUAUAACUACAUAGAGAAAAAAUUAAAUCUGGUUUAUAAAUUUUAUGACACUAGUAGUCAAGUAAUUUGGCUUCCAUGUAAGAUUGAAAAAACAGGUUCAACACUCGUAUGUGCUUUUGAAAAUGGUAUUAUUAGGAUGAUUACAGUAACAAUACAAACAACAAAUACCGGAAAUGCAAAAAUGGAUAAUACAAAACUAAUUCAAGUUUUAAAACCACAUUCGAUGCCAAUUACUGUAAUGUCUUUAAAUACAUCUUGUAGCUUAUUAGUAACGGGCAGUGAUGAUGCCACCAUUUUUCUAUUUAAUAUUCAUACUACCAAUAAUUAUCCUACAAUUGCGCCUAUUGGCUAUGUAAGACUUCCAUCGCCUGCUACUUGCAUGACAUGGAAUCCCCAAGAAGAAGCAACUCUAUUAAUUGGAUGCUUACGAGGAGAUUGUAUGGAAGUAAAAUUGCCUAUGAUACCUCAGUCGUACACAACAACUUCUUAUGAAUUAGUUAAAUGUAGACCUGCAUCAUUUAAAUUUGAAUCAGUAAAGUCUGCAAUAGAAAGACAAACUAUAAAAGAAAAAUAUGAAGCAGAGAAAGAAGAAAGACUUAAAGAAAGGAGAAAAGAAAUGGAACGAUUAAUUGCUGAAAAUCCUCACAUUAUAAUUGAUGAAGAUACAUUUCUUACGGAGCUUGAUGAAAAAGAAAUGAUUCUCCCAGAAAUUUAUAUUCCAGAAAUUCCAAAUAAAGUUUUAAUAGCACAAUAUGGCAUUGAUGGAAACAUAUGGUUAUUUAUGGCUGGGUUUGAUGCAGGAUAUGUUUACGAAUAUCCACGUCCAUUAUCUCUAAAAUUAAAACAUAAUAAACCCAUUAGGAGUAGAAUAAUCGAACAUGCAAUAGACACAGAAAUACAUAAUUUCCUUUUUCAGAAAAAUAAGAAAUAUUUAUAUUUGGGAACACAAUAUGGACAGCUUUACGUCGUUAAAAUAAAGGACAAAGAUCCAUUAGAUUUUUCAGACUGUUGGAUUUUACAAACACAUGAUCAUUAUAAUGGACACAUCUCUAAUAUUUUAUUCGGUUAUAAUAAAGAAAUAUUGUUAACAUGUGGCCAAGAUGGAAAUAUAUUUUCUUUUAAAAUCAAUGAUGAUACACCAUAUGAGGAAUAUGAAAUACCAAAGUUAGAGUAUUCUCUUUUUAUACCUGAAAGUGUCGAAGAUAUUGAAGAUGCUGAUUAUCCAAAUUUGGAAGAAGUAAUUACUAAAAUAGAACAAGACAGAAUUUUUUCAGUUGCAGAGAAGAAAAAGAAAAAAGUACUUGAAAUCAUACAUGAUUUAACAGAAGAAUAUGUUAAAAUUAUUACAAGGAAUAAACAUCUCCUGCAUUCACAACGAAUAUCACAGUUUGAAGUGGAUCCGAGAAUAGUAGAAGACCUAGAACAACAACUGAAUACACAUAAAACCUUAACAGAACGAAAGCUACAAUUUGAAGUAGAAAAGAGGAAAUUAGAAUUACAAAAGCUUAUGGACCAUUUUGUUACAUCAAUUACUUACUUACCUUUUGCAGUGCAUGGUAUAUUAGAUGAAAGUAGAGCAGUAUAUUCUUUGAGAGAAUUACACCUAGAUACUGACAGCAUUUUAAAAUGUAUGAAAUUGCUGAAGGACAAAGAUGAGCAACAGAAAGCAGGCAGAAUAAUACAAGAACAGGUUAAGGAAGACAAACAGAAAUCAGAAGAACAAGAAAUACAAUAUUUGGAAGGACUCUUAGCUGAAGAUUUUGGCGAUUUAUCAUCUGGAUUAGGGUUACAAAUUAAUCGAAUGUUGUUAAAGUACAAGCAAAAGAAAGCUAGAUUGAUUGAACGACAGAAAGAAUGGCAAAAACUACAUGCAAAAAAGCCAAAUUUAGUUAAAAGUCGUUUGGAAGAUGCAGUUUUCCUUGAAAAAGCGGAACAAUCCAUUGGUGAAUACAAUUUGAAAAUGAAUGUAGACUUUAGUUUAAUGAAGAAAAAAGAAACUGCCGCCAUAAAAUAUAAACAACUUAUGGAUUGUAGAGAUAAGCUUCAUCAUUUGCGAGAGAACUUUAAUACAAAAUUGAAAACGAUUGCAUUGAAAAAAGAAAAGAUGCAGAAAGAAGUUAUUAAAUUAACAGAAGUUCUUAAAAAGAUUCACACAGAAAUUCCAUUAAAAAAUAUAAAACCUUUACCACAUCCACCAAAACUGUAUUUUGAUAUUGAAUUUCCUGAACAUAAUCUUGAGCUUCAGAAAUAUGUAUCUAUGUCGGAAAAGGUGCAACAAGUAAAACGCCAAAGACAAUCAUUAAUUAUAGAUCAAUUAAUAGAUCAUUCUGAUUUAGAAUAUGAAGUAUUAUAUUGUGAUGAUAAAGCUAUCUUUCACAAAGGACAAGAAAGUCUCUAUAUUCUUAUUUCUGCUUCACAAAUGAAAAUAAAGGAUCAUUCAUCCAUAGCUGGUGAUUUAAUUCGAAAUCUUAACAUAAAUGACUCUGUUCAAACUACCUGGGAACGUGAAAUGAAACGUUCUCGAAUGUGGCGAAAAAUAUAUGAACAAGAUUGUAUUUUACGAUAUAUCAGUGCCGAAUACAAACAAUUGGAAAAGGAUUUAGAUGAACUAGAAGAAUAUCGAUUAGACGUAGUAUAUCAAAGUACAUAUAUGAAUCUGAAUUUGUUAACUUUAUAUGAAGAAUUUAUGAUCCUGCGGGAAUCUGAAACAAUGGAACAUGCACUUGAAGAGAAAGUUAUUGAUAAAUCAAAUGAACGUGUUACAAUGAUGUUAAAGAUGCAAGCUACAAAUAUUAAUAUUGCUGCACGAGAAGAAGAAAUAAAAAAAUUGCAUAUAAAAAUUAAAGAUACUGCUACUGACUUUACAAAAGCUAUUGCUGAUAAUAAAUUUCAAAAUUUCCUUCAAAAAAUAUUCAAGAAAAAAUAUACAGCACUAAAAAGACAAAAUGGUUCUUUAGAUUCGAUUACACAAUCAUCAGAAACUAGUUCUGAAGAAACAGAUGAAACAAUAGAUUCUGAAGCUGAGUACAUUCCAUUUGAUGAAAAUAUCUGCCCAGUGGGCUGUGAUACACAAUUAUAUGACAUGGCAUUUUCUAUGAGAGAAAAACGAUAUACAUAUGAAUUGCAAAUCAGAGAAGAACAAAGAGAAAUAGAAUUAUUGCAGAAAGAAUUAGAUACUGAUAUCAAACAUUUAAGAAUUAUUGAAAGUACUUUAAAAUACAAUGAAGAAGAACUGCAAAAUUUUGUGCUGGAUAAGCAAAAAAAAUUAAAUGAAAUUAAUGUAACAGUCAUAUUAAAACUUCAUCAAUUACAGCACAUAUUAGACUCUGGAUGCACUGCAAGCAUUCAAAAUUGUAUAGUUUUUAAUAAAAAAGAAUUAGCGAAUUUAUAUGCCAGAGUCGGAGAAUUGCAAGAUGAAACAUACAACUUAGAAGAAACACGCAAGUAUACUAAAAAAUAUAAUAGUUUCUAAAAACGGAAUAUAUUUAUGGUUUAUUGCAGGAAAAAUGAAGUACAUCUAAAACGAAUAAAAUUGGACUUAAAAUAUAUGGAAACUCAAAAUAAGAGGCUGAAGGAACACAUUAAAGAAAAAAUGAUACAAAAAUUUGGUUGUAAAGUGUCUUUGAUUAACCUUUAUCAGACUAUUUUACAAAGAUUAAUUUAUGAUACAAAAA